AUGCCUAAGGAAAUCGGUGACAUCAAGCAGUUCAUUGAGAUCUGCCGCCGCAAGGAUGCCCAGUCCGCGCGCAUAAAGAAGAACAAGUCCACCAACUUGUCCAAGUUCAAGGUCCGAUGCUCGAAGAACCUGUACACCUUGGUUCUCAAGGACAACGACAAGGCCGAGAAGCUCAAGCAGUCCCUUCCUCCUAACUUGCAGAUCAAGGAGGUCGGCAAGAAGAACAAGAAGGGCAAGCACACCGCAUAA